AUGGGGGGCGUUCAAUGCCCUAUGAGCCCCUUCCCUCACCCUUUUCCGAUCACUCUCGAGGAGGCGGAGGAGGAGGAGAAGGUGGUCGCACCUCCUGCUAUGCCCUAUGUCCCUACCUUGGGGGGGAUAGAGGUGCCACCGUCUGUGGAGAUCACCGACGGGCAGCGCCUUGAGACUGAGCAGUUGCAGGACGAGAGCAGUAUGGAUGGAGUACAGCAGAGUGGGGGGCAGGAGAUAGGGGAGCAGCAGUCAGGGGAGCAGCAGAGUGGGAAGCAGCAGAUAGGGGAGGAGCGGAUUGAGGAGAAGCAAAUGGUGGACUAG